AUGCUUCACACUGACACUGGUCACAUGGGUUUUGGACCACAAGGGGGCUUGGAGAGCACAAGGAUUUCCACACGAAUGAAAGGAUUGCGGAAAAUCAUUGAGAAGGACAAUGGAGACCCCCAUUCACCUAUGUUCACUCACUAUUGUACCGGCGCUGGAUGCUGUCCCGGGGGAAAAGAUGAAGCUUUGACUUCCAUCAUCGCAGCCUACACUGACCAUUUUAGUCAUAUGUGUGUUCCAUUGCUGUACCGAUGGAAGCAUGGAGCAGCUGCCAACAACUUUGUGAAAGAUGGUUUUUUCUUGCACAAGAUUCUUCCCAGAGCAUUGCAAAGGAUGCCCGCCAUGAAAUGUGACACCGACAAGAUUUUGAAUGCGAUUGACCAGUGGACACGGGCUGCGCAAACCCGAGAUGGGUCAGAUGCGGAAGAGUUGGGUCGGAUGGUGGAUGAAUUACUGCAGCAAGAAUCAUCCUUCGCUGAGCAGAAUGCCAAAAGGUUCAAGGCUGUCAAUGAAGCUUUCCAAAAACCUACUUUUGAGGUGCAAGUGUACUUGGUGGAUGUUUUGAUGCAGCCAAUCGACAAGGCAGUCAACACCCUUCUCAAGCGAACCUCCAUUUUGAAAGCCAUUCGUUUCUGGCAGGCAGACAAGCCCUCGCGCUUGCCAGACUUGAAGGUUAGUUCCAGGGAUUUUUUCCUAGCGUGGAGCCGGGGCCAGUUUGGAGACGGUAUUGUCUCGGAUUUUUUCGUGCAACUAAGAUCCAGUGAGCUAGCCAAGCACACAGACUCUUGUUCCGAUCCUUCAGUCAUGGACACUUGCUUCUCUUUGGUGGUCUUUGGGGUAACUGAUUCCUGGUGGCGGUGUAGCUUUCGCUCUAGCACCUUUCCAAGCAAGAUGUUUUCUCUUGCAAUGUGUGACUUGCCGACGUUUGUUCGGCAGUGGGGUGAAUACCGGGCCAUCUGCGAUCUUUGCCCGCAGUGCGUAGAUGCUGGCUUCAGUGAGAAGUUGCUGCGGUCAAUGGAUUUGACGCGUUUGUCACCCCCAGAGGUUCACCAGUUCUAUGAGGAGCUGCAGGAAUUCCUCCAAGACGUUGCAACGUUCUGCCCCUUGGCAACGAACUCAGUGGAGAAUUCCCACGCCCAACAUCAGCACCAGCUUUUCACUUUCAGAGGGAAGGCGAAAUCUCCAGCUGCAGCGGGGGAAUGCUCCGUGCUGUCUUCACUGAUUCGAGAACAUUCCUACUUGAAGACAGUAGUCUUGGCGCAGACAAUGCCGAGCAGACUUGGCGUCUCCACGAUGUUGAAACAUCUUGGUCGGAAAAAGGGUAUUAUGCCCAAGUUGAGCCGUAAACGUUUGGUCAUACGUGCAGUCAAAAGAAAGACUAGACCCCUGUGUGCUUGGAACGUCUACCAGAGAAAACGCCUACAGGAGUUGGGCAAUGGUUCCUCCUUGGGGCCACUUGACUUCAAAGCGGCCAUGAAACGGAUUGGACAAGAGUGGGCGCAAAAAUCUGUAGAAGAUCGAGAAGAGUUUAAUUUAGAUGCCCGGUACCGUCAGUCUUGUAGAGAUGAAUUGCAGCUACGUCCAUUGACAGCUGGGAGGCCAUCAGCCAGAAGCACAGGUGCACUCUCACAUCAGCCUGGGGACGCAGGAGCUGCUCAAGACUUACCGACCAAUGUCUUGGAGCAGAUUGCUGGCAAGAAUUUUCGGAAACGUGCCUCAGCUGCGAGGCUUUGCCUCAACAGUGAACAGAAAGAGGCCCACAGUGCUUGGCCCUCUUUCGGCUUGGGGCUGCAGGAUUCAGACGGGGCUGUGAAGAAAGGUUUAAUUGAUUUGAGUCUUUCAAUCAAUGCCGUCGAUUUUGCUGUUGAUUUUUCUUUGCAUCGCAAAGCAGAAGAUGACCUUUUGGCCAGCUUGCCAGUGGUUCCUGACGCAGAGCUGACCGUUCAUUCUCGGACGUGUUUGCAUUUGUUUGGGCACUGCCAAAAACUUCCCCACCAUGAUUUGAGCCAUGCUUUCGCCCAGAGUUUCGCAAAACUGACGUUGGAUAGGAAACUUCCUUCUGGAGCAUUGGUGCGGAUCAAGCCGGAUUGCACAGACAGCAGGGGCUCAAACGACCCAGUGCCAGAGUCCGUUUUUUUCCUUGGUGCUUUGUGCAAGAGGGACGAGAAGAAGGAAGUCAAUGCUGCUGCUAGAGAGCAUCGCUCUGACUGUGCCAAGAUGGCAAGCUGUGCUGAGCAGACUCCAUACGAGUACUUCCUCCACGGCCAAGAUGGCGAUGAAGUAUUUGGAGUCAAGAGGAUUGACACCAAGUACCACAUCCGGGGCAUGUUCUAUGUGGUUGCUGUCAGGGCGGAUCUCAUCAGUGCUGGCGAUUUUGAUGCCAUGAUUGGCUUUUUGAUGCCCAGGAACGGUCCCUACAGUCUGCGACGGUUCCUGAGAGACCGGAAAUUGAGCCAGAAGAGCUCUCAGGAGAUCCAGGAGUGCAGAAAGCGCUUGGGCAUGGAAGAUGACCACCACCCGUACACCAAGAACAUCGAUGACGGAUUUCUUGCUUCAUUGACGGCAAGGGAGAAGGCAGUGCUGGACAUCAGUUGGGCAAUCAUCGUUCGGGAUCUCAAUGGCAAUCCCGAGCGGCAAGCCUAUUUGGUCGACUUGUCCCGCUGCUUGGUGGCAAAAGGUGGUCAGGCACUUCACACAAGAAUGCUGCCCUAA